CACCGCCUUACCAACAGGACGGACGCAAGCGGCAAUCGCUCCACAGGCGGACACUUUCAUCCCAUCAACACCGACACACUUAUCCUGUGACCCUUUCCGGUCGCAGCUAUAUCACGACGGUAUCAGGACCGCUGCCCGCCGUGGCCUCAUAAUCGAUAAUGAUGGAGGACAACAACAUGGGGAAGCUACCCGGCGUGGAGUGGUCAGAUUCAUCAUCCGGGGCGUCCGACGAUCAGCAACAUGACCAGCAAGAGCAGCCAGUUAUUCAUGCUCCAGUCCCAAGACGACCACGAUUGCCGAGCCGAAAGAGCAGUGGAACCAUGAUUGUACCGCGCGACUCUAUUGAGGUUGGCCCGGUCGACAUGGCUCUUGGGCCUGACGACGUGAGGGCCAUGAGCCCAAGGAGAACGAGCCAGGAUCUCGAAAUGUUGAGCAAGGAGGCAAGGGAAGAGUUGCAAAGGCACGCAAAGGCGCUUCAGGACUCGCUGUUGGCCCUCUUCCACCGCAUCGAAGCCGUGCAAGAGGAACACAACAAGCUCGACAACAAUAACAAGUUCCUACAAAAGUACAUUGGUGAUCUUAUGAGCACCAGCAAGAUCACAGCGCCCAGCAAGAAAUGAAAGACGUCGACUAUCGUUACCUGCGUUGGUUUAGCUGGGAUGACGAAUGGUGUUCGGCAGGAAGAAUAUGGCUUCACCAAAAAUAACCGACCUAAUUUAGGCUAUGAUGCCUUACGACAUGAUCCGACUCGAAUUCGCCAGCGGGAGGGUUAUAUGGAAAAGCGACGAGCGUUUACCGACUUGGCGGUUCUCAACAACGCGGAACCUUUCGUGCCAUUUUCU